AUGGCAAGAGAAACUUCAAAGGAACGUAGAAAACGUCAACAAGAUGCAAGAAAUGAAAUAAGAAAGCAAAAUAGAACACAAGCCAAGCAAAAUAGAUUCAACUAUGACAACUAUGAACAACAACAACAAGAAUAUAGAAAACCAAGAGAAUACAAACCAUAUGGAGGAGAUGAAAAUAGACCAAGAUUUUCGGAACGAAAACCAUCAUCAUCGGAAUCACAGGAAUAUGAAAAUAAGAAAUAUGAUAAACCAUUUAGAGAAAAUAAGGAAAAAUCCACAACAUCAUCAUUGCCAAUUCCUGAAAUUUUGGAUAUUCAAUCGGAAUACUUUGAAAAGGAAUAUAAUCCAAAGAAGAUUGCACUUUCGGAGAUAUCUGAAUUGAAAUUGAAUGGAAAGGGAUUUAAAGAUAUUAAGAAUUUGAACUUGAUUGUGAAUUUGAAACGAUUGGAAGUUAUCAAGAACAAACUUUCAUCACUCAAGUUCUUGAAGGGAGUUGAUAAAAUUCAACACGUAGAUGCUCACGAGAAUGAAAUUGUUUCCUCCGAUGAAAAUAAUACUGAAAUUACUCAAUUUAUUCAAAAUAGCCCACAAUUGAAAGUUCUCAAUCUUUCACACAAUCAAUUGACCAAGACAGUUGUUAUAAAGGCCAAAUUGGCAAAAGCUGCUGAACCAGUUGUGAGUGGAAUUGCUGAAAAAUUGAAUAGAGGAAAGAAAAUUCAACAACAACCAAAGGAUAAUUUAAAUUCUGGAUUGUUGGCUAUCAUUCUGACUGAUAACAAGAUUGAGGAAUUAAAGUUGGAAGGAAAAUUCCAAGUUUUGAAUACUAUCAUUAUUAGUAAGAAUCCACUUUUGAAAAAGUUUACCGAUUAUUACUCUGUUCCUGAAUUGACCAAGUUUGGAGCUACUGAAACAGCUCUUGAGCAAUUGCAUGCAUCAGUUUCUACAUGUAAACAAUUGCAAGAAUUGAGACUUUCUCACAAUCCACAAAUUUUUACAAAGGAAACUUGUUUAAAGACCUUGUUGGAAAUUGAAAAAUUGGAUAGUUUGAAAUUACUUGCACUCAGUCAUAACAAGAUUGGAAUUGAAUGGACUGUUAUGAAAUCUCACUUGGUUAUGAUUAUCAAGAAGAAUAGAAACUUGAGGAAUUUGUCCAUUGUUGGAAACUUUGAGCAAUAUAUUGAACAAGUUGGAGCUGAAAAGUUUAAGGACGAAGUUUUGAGUUUAUUCUCAAAGGAAGGAAUUUCCUUGACACAUUUGGAUGAUAAACCUGUUGGAGAAAAGCCAGUUAAAACUGCUAGACCUGAGAGGACCAGAUCAAACAAUAGAGAAAGAACCAGUGAGAGAAAGCAAUUCGAUUCCAAUGAAAGAAGAGACAAGAGAGAUGCCAAUAAGGAAAGACCAAGAAAGCAAGACAGAGGAGAGAAACAAACUGAAAUGCCAGAAGCCCAAGAAGAAAAGCCAGAAGAGGUCAAUAAUAAUCAACAACUCGAUGAUUACCAACCAAUUCAAAUCCCUGUUGAAAUGCAACUUAAAAUGCAAAGGGAAUUAAUGAAAAGAAAAAAAGAAAAUGCAGAACAAAGUCUCGUCAUUCAAAAUACCAAAGAUCAACAAGAAGAAAAGAAGAGAAAGAGAGAAUUAUUGGGAGGUUUUGUUGAACAAGAUGACAAGCACUCUGGUGUUAAAAAGUUUGUCAACGUAAAUACGUAUAAGAAGAGAAAGUCAAAUGUUUUCCAAAUGCUUGGACAAGAUGAUCAAGCCGACGAAGGUUGGUAAUAAAUUAAUACUUUACUC